GGCCGACACGGGCGGGAGUCACGCUCUCCUGCUCCGCAGCAGAGGGCCGCAACUGCUGGGCAUAACUUGCACGACAGACUCGUACGACGCUUCCAAGACAAAGGCCGUGCAAAGCGACGAGAUCGUAAAUCUCGGCGCUGCUGGGCGCCUUUUGUUCCCGGUGCACGACUGGGCUGCGAUAUAAGCGGUGGUCCCACCCUCAACAAGCUGGCCUGAACGCAGCAGCUGAAGGAACGAGACCCCAGACGAGCCUGCGGCAAACAUGAAGCUCGCCGUGGUAGUUUUGGUCACCCUGGUCGCACUGACAGCGGCCCAUAAAGACAAGGCAAAACACGGCAAGGGAAAAGCAAAAGUGGUGAUUGUGGAUGCGUACCCGGAAAGGCGACCUGUGUACGACUACCCAGCUCCUCGGCCGUCGUACGACUACGGGCCGACCUACGCCGAAUAUGUGGAGGUCCCUCUGAAGGUAAAAAAAAAAAAGCCCAAGAAGGCAAAGAAGCAAAAAGUUACCAUUGUCCAAGCAAGACCGGCGUAUGACUACUACGACUACGGAAAUUCCUAUAAUAACUACGAUGACUACGAAGUUGUGCCUAAAAUCAAGAAGACCAAACACGUCAAGAAGACCUACCGGCAAUACCGGGAGCCUGUCUACUACGAUGAGCCCAAGAAAGAUCUUCACAUCAAAGUAAUAAACGAAAAGGCAGAAAAAGUGAAAGAAGGCUACCCAGUGCCGGUGGAAGUCCCGGUGUACAGGGACCGCAUACAGAAAGUGCCAGUUUAUCAAAACGUGCCUUACCCCGUAUAUAUCCAGCCUCAGAGACAAUACGCUCCACCUCAGCCUGUCUACCACCACCCACCCAAGCAAGUUUUCCACCAUCAACCGAGACCCGUUUACCAUCGUAAGUAA